AUGGCCACGUCAACACAACAACGACUCAGUCUGAUUGACGUCGUCAACAGAUGCGACAGUUUCCCUUACCCCUCCGAUCCACGUCUGGAACGACUCUCGUUCCUGACAUUCAUUGUCGACGAGAUCCCCUGUGGUCGGAUUCAUUCCUCGGUCGUCCCCGAUAUUGUUGCCUUCAACCAGCAGGACCGACCUGUUUUCCAUAUCACGGAGACGACAAUUUCAUUUAUGCCUUGGUUGGCGGAUUAUGACUCGCGAUCUGACGCGAUUGCACAGAUGCUGAAUAUCUGGAGAAAGAAUCCCAAAUCAUUCCCAUCCCUCUCCGGCUGGCGCGACGAACUCUACGGCGUGUACACCCACAACACCUCCCCCCUCACCACAAAGGGCGGUGCAGCUCUAGCGAUCGAACGAUCAGCCUGCGGGAUCUUUGGUGUUCACGCCUACGGAGUCCACAUGAACGGCUAUGUUCGUACCGGCCCACGCCCUCAUGAAGUCAAGAUGUGGGUUGCGCGUCGAUCGGCUACGAAGCCUACGUACCCGGGGAUGUUGGAUAAUAUGGUUGCAGGUGGGAUGGGGUUUGGACAUUCGCCAGGGUAUACGGUUUUGAAGGAGUCGAUGGAGGAGGCUACGAUUCCUAUUGAGAUUGCGAGGAAUGCGGUGCCGGUGGGGACUAUUAGUUAUACAAAGUUGUCGAAAGAUGAGACCGAUACUCAGCCCGAGACUCAGAUCGUAUACGACUUGGAACUACCAGCAGACUUCACGCCAACACCAUGCGACUCUGAGGUCGAAAACUUUCGUCUCUGGUCGAUGGACCAAGUCUUGGAUUCCAUCCGAUCAGGAGAGUUCAAGCCCAAUUGUGCAUGUGUCUGUCUCCAUUUCAUGAUCCGUCAUGCGGUUUUGACGCCCGAGAACGAGCCGGAUUAUUUGGAGAUUUCUCAGCGGUUGAAUAGGAAGUUGGAGUUUCCUGGGUGUAAGAAGUGGCCUACUUUUAAGGAGGAGCAUUAG